CCUGUUUCUAGCCCCCGAAUCCGAGCUUGACUUUCAGCCUCGAAACAUCAAGCUUCGGAGCUUGCUGAGCUUCCCCUCAAUUUUGGAUUCUGGUGCUUGAUUAUGUAGCACUCUACAAAAUGCCUCCGAAAUUCAAUAUCAAUGCAAAGACAAUUGUAGCUCCCGUAGCCGCAUUCACAAUGGCUACGCUGCUGUUCGUGUAUUCUCGAACCUCGAUUCAAGCUGCAAAGCGUAAUGCGCAGAGACAUCGAGAAGCAGAUGGCGGGCAGAUCAAUUGGCAUAAUGAGAGUCUGAGACGGCAUGGCGUGUUGGAGAGUCCUGUGAAGGAAGGCACGGUUGGAGAGUUAGUGGGAACCUUACAGGCUGGUAGAGAAGAGAGGAGGAAAGGGAAGGGCGAGGAGAGUAAGGUGAUUGAGGAGACAGACGCAGAGAGAGUGUUGAGAGAGCGGACAGGCAAGGGUAGAGGAUGAUGGAAAAGCGGGAUCAAGACUUGCAUUGGGUUGGCGUUUGACAAAGUUCAAAAUCUUGAACGUAUACGGGCAAAAUAGCCACGAGUGGAAUAGCUUGGAGUCAAAACCGUAUUGGCACAUCUCCAUUCUAUAACUACAACAUCACCUCCCCUCCCAGACCAAGGUGACGACGAUCAGGUAUAUCCCA